UAACCAAUCAUCAUGAGCUGUCGUGUCCAAGCGGGACUACGGCAAGCGGCUGGGUCCUGAAGAGCUGUGACUCAUCGUCACAGAUUAAAGCGGAGUAACAGUCCACGGAGCCAGGUGCAGACUCACGUUCGCUCCAGUCCUCCUGUCUGUCUCUCUGUCUGUGCGUUCAUCAGUAUGAGGAGUGUCAGGUCUGCUGUGCACUGUGGGGGUCUGCUCGUCCUCCUGUCCUGCUGUUUGCUGUGUGUUUAUUCUCAGGUGGAUCAGCAGCAGCAGCCCCCCCCGACUGUCGUAGCGAGCGCAGCUCACAUAACGGACCACGGUCACGGUCGCCUGGACAGAAACAUGGUCCAGGACAAAGACCACAUCAUGGAGCAUCUGGAGGGAGUGAUAGACAAACCAGAGAAGGACAUGACACCCCAUGAGCUUCAGCUUCACUAUUUCAAGAUGCACGACUACGAUGGAAACAACCUCCUGGACGGGCUGGAGUUAGCCACAGCGAUCACACAUGUACACCGAGAGGAGAGAGGGGAGGACAGCCAGCCAAUGAAAGAGGCCGACCUCAUCACGCUCAUUGAUGAUGUUCUGAGGGACGAUGACAAAAACAAUGACGGUUACAUCGAUUAUGCAGAGUUCGCCAAAUCACUGGAGUAAAGUGUCUCCACGUUCCCUCAUGUCCACAGCAGCAGCAAAGGAGCAGCUGCAGAGAGGGUGUACGUAAACCGAGAAGCUGCCCCGCGAUGUGGAAGACCUUCAUUCAGUCUGUUCUCUCUCUCUCUCUCUCUCUCUCACACAGGCAAUCACAGGAUUAAUGGUAAUUUAUCAUAGUUUUUUUGCCUUUUUUUUUUCUAAGUUGGAAAUCAGGAGAAAAUGAGUUCCUUUCAUACCAGUAAUUUAAUAAGCAACAAAAAGGUGGAACUGUUGGUGUAUGCUUAUUAUUACAUUUAAAAGGGCCAGUUCACCCAAUAUCAAUAACAAAUAUUUAUUGUAUAAUCUUGUUUUGUUGAUCUGACCCUUGUAUGGUAGCACUGUAGUGUGUCUACACGUGUGUUCUUCUUUUCAGCGGUGCUACUUUAAAUUCACUUGGAGCAUCUAAACUGAAUGUCAUCACUUUAAAUGAACAAGUUUCUAUUUCAAACUGUGUUGUGUAAAUGUCGGAUUUAAACUGACGCACACUUCCUGUUUGGUACUUAACAUAAUGGACCAAUCGAUUGCUUGUGUGAAUCAACUUCAUUGGCUGUUUGUGAUGAGGAUGAUGGGACGAACAGGUCGUUCCCAUGACAACAGAAAGUGGCCUUGCUCAGAUGUGUAGUCAGUGACGUAGUGUGUGUUUGUAGAGUAGAAAACCUUGUUGAACUGAUGAAGUGAUAUUAUUUUUGGGAGAUAAUCCUGUUGUUCGAUGCAGAACAACAUGGAUGUGAAUGUUUCAAGCAGACUAACACACUGUGUCACAUCAGCACCUCACGUUUCUUCUUGAAGUGGUUCUUCAUCAUCCUCCUGUCGCCGCUCAGCGAGAAGAUCCCCCAACAAUGACCUGUUGUCAUAAAGUGAAUGUAAAUCAGCACAUCACUGUGCAGUGCUGGUUCUUUAUCACUGGAUAAGCAAAGACUUGAAGCCCACUGGUUGAUGCUGCUCCCACAGCAGCUUUUUUAAACUUCACAUGUUUCCAGAAAAGCACUUGUACACAGCUCUGAUGCUGAAGAUGUUAGCUGCCUUUAAAAUAUACUGCAACUAUGUUUGUGUCCGUGGCAUUGUUACAGAAAGUAGCUUAAUGUGGCAGGUCAUGGGUUUAAUUUCCAAACUAACAAGGAAUGAACAUCAUGUGACAGCAAGUUCAGUUUACAAUAAUUGGGUGGAGGGUCAAUCACAAUCAGAUCGGUCUGAGGUAAGGAUGGACGGAGACUUCUGUAUGUAUUAGUAGGAUAUAGAUUCUACACUUAAGGUCUGUGUCAAAAAUAUCUGCGAUUCCUUCUUCAGACUAAUUUUCAUAAGGAUUAAUUCUAUAUUUUUGCCAUCCAGUGUUGAUUCUGCAAUCAGUUCAGGUUGUUGAAUGCAAAUAUUUAAAACCCGAAGUGAAACCGUAACAGAUGCAACUGUGUUGUCUCUGAAAUGUGAAAUAUAAAAAAUUAUAUAUAAUCUAA